CGCUGCAUUGUGGGCUGGCGGCGGCGGCGGCGGGGAGCCCGGCGGCCGGGCGUCUGCGGGGCCGGGGCCAUGGCCGCCUGGGCUGCGGUGUCGCCCAGCGUCGUGGAGUAUUUCGAGGGCGAGGACUUCUACCGCUGCGGCUAUUGCAAGAACGAGUCGGGCAGUCGCUCCCAUGGCAUGUGGGCGCACUCCCUGACCGUGCGGGACUACCAGGACCUCAUCGACCGAGGCUGGCGGAGGAGUGGGAAAUACGUGUAUAAACCUGUCAUGCAUCAGACAUGCUGUCCUCAGUACACAAUAAGGUGCCGACCUUUACAGUUUCAGCCAUCAAAAUCUCACAAGAAGGUUUUGAAAAAAAUGUUGAAAUUUCUGGCUAAAGGGGAGAUUUCCAGAGGAAACUGUGAGGAUGAGCCCAUGGAUUCUACAAUGGAGGAUGCUGUCGGGGGUGACUUUGCAUUAAUCAAUAAACUGGAUAUAAAGUGUGACCUUAAAACACUCAGUAAUGACUUCAAACAGAGCCUAGAGAGUGAGGAGAAGAAGAAAGGAAAAAAUGUGAAGAAAGAAGAUUCUAAUGAAUUAAUUCAGUCACAAGGCAUAGAGGAGAAGUUGGGCUCUGGUGAACCAUCACGUUCAGUCAGAGUUCACACAGCACCUAAGCCAGGCAAAGGGGCUGAUCUGAGCAAGCCUCCGUGUCGAAAAGCAAAGGAAAUCCGGAAAGAAAGGAAGAGAUUAAAACUCAUGCAGCAAACCCCUGCUGGAGAGGGCUUCCCGGCUCAAGGUCAGCCGCUGCCUCUGUUCUCACCAAAGGCCAAAUCCAACCAGCCCAAGUCACUUGAAGAGUUAAUUUUUGAAACUUUACCAGAGAAUGCAUCACACAAAUUAGAGGUGAGGGUGGUGCGAUCGUCUCCACCAAGUUCCCAGUUCAAAGCCACAUUUCGGGAGUCCUACCAGGUCUAUAAGCGGUACCAGAUGCUCAUUCACAAGGACCCACCUGAUAAGCCCACUGAGAGCCAGUUCACAAGAUUCCUCUGCAGUUCCCCCCUGGAGGCAGAGAGCGCCCCCGAUGGACCAGACUGUGGUUAUGGUUCCUUUCACCAGCAGUACUGGUUGGAUGGAAAGAUCAUUGCUGUGGGGGUGAUUGACAUCCUUCCAUCCUGUGUCUCGUCUGUGUAUUUGUACUAUGACCCUGAGUAUUCCUUUCUGUCCUUGGGUGUCUACUCUGCACUAAGAGAGAUUGCUUUCACCAGGCAGCUCCAUGAGAAGGCACCGCAGCUCAGCUAUUAUUACAUGGGUUUCUACAUCCACUCCUGCCCCAAGAUGAAAUACAAGGGUCAGUAUAGACCUUCUGACUUGUUGUGUCCCGAGACGUACGUUUGGGUGCCCAUAGAGCAAUGCUUACCUUCCCUGGAAACCACCAAGUAUUGCCGUUUCAACCAGGAUCCAGAAGCAGAGUCCUUGUGAAGCGGGUGACAGUUGCCUGAGAAAGCGUGCUGUGAGGUGCUCUGUAGCGCUCUGUGGUAACCAUCGCAGUUUGAACUGCUUGUCAGCAUUUUCCUUACCUGCCAUGUGUACUGACCUUACAGAUCCAAAGCCAAGUGUUGCUCCCAUGGUAGCUUUGAUCUUCAUUGUGAAUUAAUGCCAUGAAAUUUUUCAAACCUCUGAAUUAAACAAAAUUUUACUGAACAUUACCUAAUAUUCUGAACUUAACGUUUGCAAGUAAAAUUAAAAGAUGCCAGGAGAAGGGGGCUUGGUAUUGUGAUAAUACUCAGUAUAAUUAAGUAUAUUUAAACUGGUUUAUUAAAUUUGUAUAAUCCCCACCAUUUAAUGAGUUUUAAAAAGUUGCCAGCACUACAGUGAUUAUAAAUUGAACUGUGUUUUUAAUGUCUCUUUCUAAAGACAUUUUGUUGUUAAAUCCAUUAUUGUGAAUCAUUUGGUGAAAAAAAAAAUGUCUCUUUUGCAAUGUUUAAUCAGCCACUAUGUUACAUUGUAAUUUUUUUAAAGAUUUAUUUGAAAGCAGUUAUACAGAGAGAGAAGGUGAGGCAGAGAGAGAGAGAGGUCUUCCAUCCACUGGUUCAUUUCCUAGAUGGCCACAAUGGCUGGAGCUACGCUGAUCCAAAGGCAGGAGCCAGUAGCUUCCGCUGAGUCUCCCACACAGGUGCAGGAGCCCAAGGACUCAGGACAUCUUCCACUGCCCUCCCAGGCCAUGGCAGAGAGCUGGGUCGGAAGUGGAACAACUGGGACUCAAACCGGCAUCCAUAUGGGAUACUGGCACUGCAGGCGGCAGCUUUACCCACUAUGCCACAGCGCCAGCCCCAACAUUGCCUUUUUUUUUUUUUAAGAUUUAUUUAUUUAUUUGAAAGAGACAAAAAUCCUCUACCUGCUGGUGCACUCCCCAAAUGGAUGCAGUGGCUGGAGCUGGGCCAGACUAAAGCCAGGAGCUUCUUCCAGGUCUCCCACAAGGGUGCAGAGGCCCACCGACUUGGGCCAUCUUCUGCCACUUUCCCAGGCACAUUAGCAAGGAGCUGGAUCAGAAAUGGAGCCAAACUGGCACCAUAUGGAAUGCUGGCAUCACAGGUAGCAGCUUUACCCGCUGUGCCCCAGUGCCGGCCUCCUUGCUACUUUGUGAUUUGCCAGUGGUACUACCAUGUGCUUUUGGAGCACAGCCUUGGUGUUAAACUACAAACUACAGCAAUUUAUUUUGUAACUAUAUUUUUGAAAUUAUUUUGAAAAUAGUUUUAAAACUUUUUUUUUUUUUUUUUUUGACGGGCAGAGUUAGAGAGACAGAGAGAAAGGUCUUCCUUCCAUUGUUAGUUCACCCCCCAAAUAGCUACCACAGCUGGCGUGCUGGGCCAGUCUGAAGCCAGGAAGGAGCCAGGUGCUUCCUCCUGGUCUCCCAUGGGGUGCAGGGCCCAAGCACUUGGGCCAUCCUCCACUGCCUUCCCAGGCCACAGCAGAGAGCUGGACUGGAAGAGGGGCAACUGGGACAGAAUCCGGUGCCCUGACCGGGACUAGAACCUGGGGUACCGGUGCCUCAGGCAGAGGAUUAGCCUAGUGAGCCUUGGCGCCGGCCUAGUUUUAAAACUUUUUAAGGAGGAUGUAGUAUGCACACAUGAGAAACAGUGCUUUGUCACAUUAUGUUAUUUUUAGUCACAAUGUCAUUUUUUUAAAAGAUUUAUUUCAUUUAUUUGAAAGAGUUACAGAAAGAGAGGUCUUCCAUCCGCUGGUUCACUCCCUAGAUGGCCACAACAGCUGGAGCUGUGCCGAUCCAAAGUUAGGAGCUUCUUCUGGGUCUCCCACUUGGGUGUAGGGGCCCAAGGACUUGGGCCAUCUUCUACUGCUUUCCCAAGCCAUAGCAGAGAGCUAGAUCGGAAGUGGAGCAGCUGGGAUUCGAACUCGUGCCCAUAUGGUAUGCCAGCGCUUCAGGUCAGGGCUUUAACCCACGGUGCCAUAGCACUGGCCUUCAUUUUGUUUUCAAAAUACAUGAAAUGAAUAGUAGAGAUUUUUUUAAAAUAUGUUACAAAAAUCUGUUUGGAUUGAAAGGACUGAAUGGCCCUGCCAUACGAAGCCCAAGGUCUGCAGUUCCGUGCUGCUGCUGUUUAUGAAGCAGCCCAUGGCUUAGGAAGACGCGCUGGGAUGGAUGAAGGGGACAGGCGCACGGUGUCCGUGUGUCAGUCCCUCAGGACUGAUGUGGGGCACAGGGCGGAGUCCUAGGACUGGCCUGGAACAAAGCACAGUUUCCCUUAUUACUGUCCUGCUAUUCUCUGUAUCGAUGACCAAGCUUUGCCCUAUCGACUCGGUUGCUGGUUGCCUUCUUUAAUGACAUGGAAGGAGUUUUAAUGUUCUUAUAGGAGUGCCCUCGUGCCCCCUACACCUUUUUGUUGUUAAAAACAUGUUGCUUUGCAACAGCACGGCAAGUGCAGUGUAAUGCAGUGCAAUGAACUGAAAACAGAAGCCGAGGGCGUCGGGCGACGGGGAAGCAUUUGAAAUCAGCCUGCAUCAGUGGACUUCAGGAGCACACGGGGGUAACAGAAGCACUGGCGAAGCUCUGCGGGGUCUGCUGGCACUGCGAGCAGGGUGGGCGCCCUCACCCGGACUGCAGCACAGUGUCCAGCCGUCCAGACUUCUUCCAGCCGUCCAGACUUCUUCCUCUGCUGUCCUCAGAGCAAGAGGACAAUGCGCGGGAAGACAGAGGGCAAGACCAGCUCUCUGGUUAGUAUGAGUCUGUCUGUUACCCUGCAGAGAGGGCUUUGCCUUGAAUAAGUAGAUGGAAUGUUCCAUAAGCACCCGGAGACGGCAGAAUCAACUCUGUUAACUGUGUGUGUGAGGCUGGGGACUGGCAGCCAGCAAGUUCUCGAGCAGCUCCACAGCAGUUGUAGUUCUCGGCUGUCCAGGAGCAUCUGUGAGUUCUUGUCAAGCAGUUGACUUUGAUGUGAUUUACUACUGAAUUAGAGUCCAAAUUCCUCCCCAAACAAGGCGUCAGCUGAGUUUUACCAGCUACGGAAAGACCUGGAGCACAGGUUUGGAGCUUGGUGCGUCUGCCUCUGUCCCUGGAUCCUCGCCCCUGCAGAACCAGCGUCGGCCAGCGCAGGGUGGGCGGCCUGAGACGGCCUCUGGUGGGCUGUUUCCAUUAGGUCUUGUUGUAGCUGAUUAAUAGGAGUCUUAUGGAGAUUUCAGGUAAUACAGUUCAUCAAAAAAUGGAUCGACAGAGCAGAAUUUAAAGCUAUUCAGCUUGAUGAAUUUCAGCAUUUAUAGUAAAUUCAGAAAGAAAGGAAAAUAAUCCAAGGGUGAUUUGAGAAUUUGGACAGUAACAAACAGAUGGCUCUAAUGAACAAGAAAGCUGAUGAAAGCUGGUAGUCGGCUGUAGGAUGUCAGCCGUCUCUGAAGAACAGGAGACUCAGGUAGUCACCAUGAACCGCAGACAUUGUAUGGCUGCUUGGCCCUGUGUCACACGCGUCUGCAUGUCCUGCCUGUGUAGGAAACAGUGUCUGGGCACCAGGAGUACAAGAAGUACCAAGUCCUUUGGCUGCCUCAAGGAGUUUACUGUCAGGUUUGGAAAACUGUCCGUAUAUAACAGGAUAAAGAGCAGCCAGGGUCAUCUUACAAACAGCAGGGGUUUUCUGCAUUAAAAACAACACUUUGAUUUGUCUCGAGUUACGUUUGUUUAUUUAAAAGGCAGAGUGACAGGGAGAGGGAUACAGGGAGGGGUCGUGAUACCUUCCAUCCGCUUGUUCACUCCUCAAAUGUCCUCAAUGGUGAGGACUGGGUCAGGCCGAAGCCAGGAGGUCGGAACUCCAUUUGGGUCUCUCCCACAUGGGUGGCAGGGAUUCAAAUACUUGAGCCAUCAGUUUUCUGCCUCGCAGGUGUAUUAGCAGGGAGCUAGAUCAAAAGUUGAGGUGGGACUUGAUCCCAGGCACUCCAGCAUGGGAUGUAGGAGUCCCGAGUGGCAUCUUGACUCACUAUGCCUCAAUACCUGCCCUUGUACCACUUUUAAGUUGCCAUAAUUAAAGUACAAGAAACUACAUUAUCAGUGAUGGAUUUUAUUGAAAUAAAAUUGCUGGGAUAUUAAACUGCAUUUUUCUAAAUGAUGUUGACCAAAAUGUGUAAAAUGAACACUGAGUAUAUUUUCUUUGUUGCUAAUCUUUCUCAAGUAUUGAGCUGUUUUGCUGAUUCCAUUUUAAUCUUUUCUUUUUAGAGAUUUAUUUAUUUAUUUGAAUGGCAGAGUUACAUAGAGAAGGAGAGGCAGAGAGAGGGGUCUUCCGUCCGCUGGUUCACUCCCCAGUUGGCCGCAAUGGCUGGAGCUGCGCCAAUCCAAAGCCAGGAGCCAAGAGCUUCUUCCGGGUCUCCCACACGGGUGUAGGAAACCUAAGGACUUGGGCCAUCUCUCACUGUUUUCCCAAGCCAUAGCAGAGAGCUGGAUCAGAAGUGGAGCAGCAGGGACUCAAACCGGCACCCAUAUGGGAUGUCGGCCCCCACUGUAGUCUUUAAAUUGUAAGAGCAGAUAAAAAUAAUGGAACUCUACAAUCUGCAUUUUUUAAAAAAGGUCUCAAGAGUGACAUUUUCUUUAAUUUGUUUGCAUAAAUGACCUUGGAAACAUUAACUCCAUUCAUUUCCUUUGUACUCUUUUUUUUUUUUUGAAAGGCAGAGUGGACAGUGAGAGAGAGAGAAAGGUCUUACUUUGCCGUUGGUUCACCCUCCAAUGGCCGCCUCGGCUGGCGCACCACACUGAUCCGAAGGUAGGAGCCAGGUACUUCUCCUGGUCUCCCAUGGGGUGCAGGGCCCAAGUACUUGGGUCAUCCUCCACUGCACUCCCUGGCCACAGCAGAGAGUUGGCCUGGAAGAGUGGCAACCGGGACAGAAUCCGGCGCCCCAACCGGGGCUAGAACCCGGUGUGUUGGCGCCGCAAGGUGGAGGAUUAGCCUAGUGAGCCGCGGCACCAGCCACCUUUGUACUCUUAUCUGGGAUUAAAAUAAAGCCUGAAACAUGUUUUGGUUUUGCUUGUGAAAAGCUUUAGGAUCCUAGCAUAAACUGGACUACGGCUGGUGCAUCUAGAAUUGGAAGAGCAGGCCCCUACUUACCUGGCUUCCUAGCUGAGCAUACCUGUGUGUGUUGUAGACAUGAUUCUGUAAUUUAAUCCAACAUCAGAAAAUCACUAUUACAGUAGAGAUGGGAUGUUGCAUGUAGCUUUGACUUGAUUUAUUUCAGUUUUUUGUGAUGUUUUUUGAGGGAAUCCUAAUUUGGUGUUUUGAUUUUUUUCUUCAUUUUCUUUUUUUCCCUGAAAAACCUUGGUUCCAGUUGCUACUGUUAAAUUUUUUUUUAAUUAAAAAUUUUUUUUUUCAGACUUACUACUUAAGUAGUGUUUUGACUUGAAGACUCGGAUGUUUUGUGUACAAGAUACUCUAAGACAGUGAAUGUGUAAAGUCCGUCUCAGUUUUAAGGUGGCUGCCAUUCAUGAUGGAUAAUGGAGGGUCCUAGUAAGAUUCUUCUUUUCCAUUAAGGAAGUAUCUUAUAAAUCCCCUGCUUACCUUGAAUAAUGAAGUAAUAGAAAUAAAGCAUGUGCUAUAUUUUGUUUUUUGUUUUUUGACAGGCAGAGUGGAUAGUGUGAGAGAGAGACAGAGAGAAAGGUCUUCCUUUGCCAUUGGUUCACCCUCCAAUGGCUGGCGCGCUGCAGCCGGUGCACCACGCCGAUCCGAAGGCAGGAGCCAGGUGCUUCUCCUGGUCUCCCAUGGGGUGCAGGGCCCAAGCACUUGGGUCAUCCUCCACUGCACUCCCUGGCCACAGCAGAGAGCUGGCCUGGAAGGGGGGCAACUGGGACAGAAUCCGGCGCCCCGACUGGGACUAGAACCCGGUGUGCCGGCGCCGCAAGGCAGAGGAUUAGCCUAGUGAGCCGCGGCGCCAGCGCAUGUGCUAUAUUAAUGUCUAUGUGUUGUUGUUAGUGUACUGAAAUACAAUUGAUCAUUUGUAGUUAGUUUUUUUUUUUUUUUUUUAUCCAAAUGUGUUUAUUGGGAGGUUUCCCACUCACCUUGAUUCCGGGUGCUUUUAGUGCUGCUUCCUCAUGAAGGAACAUCCUUCUGCAAGCCUUGCUUUUCCUCACGUAGGCUGGCAGAGGACUGCUGUUUGUGCAUGGCUGAAAACCGUGGUGGGUUACAGCAUCCUGGGCACUUCGCAUCCGUGAAGUAGGAAUCGGGGCUCUGCACCAGGCGCCGCAUCUUGUGUUUCCUCUUCUCUUCUGGGGAGGGAUGGAGGAGACCCUUUGUGAGAGGCAUGUUUGCGUGGGCAGGUGGUCACCGCCGGAAAGGCUGCAGUUAGUGUUCAUCGCAGUAAAUGAUAUGUAACAGUUUACCUUUGUACGCCUGUUCAGGCAUGCAGCUCAGUCACUACAUUCACAUUGUGCACCCUCUCCAGCUUUUUCAUCUUGCGGACUGGAACUUUGUGCUCAUUAAAUAGUUGCUCCUGAUUGAUUCUUCCCUCCAGCCACAACUCUGCAUUCUGUCUGUGAAUCUGUCUGUUCUAAGUGUCUCAGAUAAGUAGUAUCUUACACUGUUUGUCCUUUUAUGAACAACUUACUUCUCUUAGCAUAGUGUCUUUAAGGAUUCAUCCAUGUUGUAAAAUGUUAGAAUUUCCCUCCAUUUAAAUACUGUAUAUAUAAAUAGCAUAACCCACAUCCAAAGGGAGUAUGUUGCAAAACCCCUAAUGGAUGUCUGAAACCAUGGGUAGUACUGAAUUCCAUAAUUUUUUCCUAACCAUACAUAUAUAUCAUAAAAUUUAAUCUAUAAAUCAACCAAUGUAAAAUAUUAACAAUGACUAAGAGCAAUUAUAAUGAUACUUUUAAUUAAAGUUAUGUGCAGAUCCUCUCUCACAAUAUCUGAAGGUCCCAUACCUACCCUUCUUAUGAUGUGAGAUGAUGCAGCGUACGUCUGAUACAAUGAAGUAAGGUGAAUGAUGGAGACAUUGCGACAUAGCGUUAGGCUACUACCUAAGGGUUCCCUGAACACCAACACUGCUCUACCACAACAGCCAAUCUGGUAACCAAGACUCAACUAAGGGACUGAUGAUUGGGUAUUAUGUACAGCAUGGAUACGGUGGACGAAGGAUGAUUCACAUUCUGGAUGGAAGAGGAUGGGACAGAGCAUAAUGGCACAAGACUUCAUCAUGUACAGAAAGAAACUGCAGAUGGGGGGGCUACUGCGUGUAUAAGCAGCAUUUCCCUUAUCCGUUCAUCGCGGGUGGACACUUGAGUUGCUUCCACCUCUUGGCCCUUGUGAAUAACGCUGCUAUGAACAUGGUAUACAAUACCUGUUUGAAUCCCUGCUUUCAGUUCUUCUGUGUAUGUGCACAGAAGUGGAAUUCCUGAGUCACGUGAAAAUUCUGUUUUUAGUUUUUGAAAGAACAGCCAUAUUGCUUUUUACCAGUAGUGUGCAAGGAUUCCGUUUUCUCUACCUAGUCCUUCUAAUCAAUGUGAAGUCACUCAUGACUUUGAUUUGCAUUCCCUGAAUGAUGAGUAAUUUUGAGCAUAUUUUCAUGUGCUUAUUGUCCAUUUCUGUGUCUUUGGAGAAGAAAUCUAAGAGUUUAUUCUAUAAUCUGGAUAUUAAUCCUGUAUCAGAUUUGUGAUUUGCGGUACCUCCGAUAUAGGAUCCUGGGUAUUCACCCCUAGUCCUCACAGGAUUUGAUUUUCUGCCUGGAAGAUGAUGUCAUCUGGAAAUAGCAGUUCGAUUUUUUUUUUAUGCCUGGCCUAUAUUUCUUUUACUUCCUUUUCUUAGCUUAUUGCACUAUUUUGAAUGAAAAUGGUGAGAAGAAACGUCCUUGCUUUUUUUUUCUUCCUAGGGGAAAGGCAUUUAGUCUCUCACCGUAUUAGCUAUUGGGCAUUUUAAAGAUGUUCUUUAUCAAGUAAAGGAAGUUCCUUUCUAUUUCUCAUUUUCUGAGAGUUCUUUGUUUAAGAAAGGAGAGACAGAGAGCUCUCCCAUCCGUUGGUUCACUCCCCAGACAGCUGUACCAGCCAGCACUGGGUCUGGCUGAAGCCAGGAACUAAGCUCUGUGUAGGUCUCCACGUGGUGGUAAGAACUCAAGUUGCUGUCACGUACUGACUUCCCAGGUGCAUCAGUAGGAGCAGCCCAGACUCCAGCAGGCGCUCCGAUACAGGAUGCCACUGCUGCAAGCAAGGCUUCUCCCAUGGCGCCAGAGUGGCUGCCCCCUGAUUUGUGUGUUUGUGUUUUUUUUUUAAAUCAUGAAUGGUUGUUGAAAUAUUGUUCGGUGUAUUUUCUUUUUUUUUUUUUAUUUUUUAUUUUUUUGACAGGCAGAGUGGACAGUGAGAGAGAGAGACAGAGAGAAAGGUCUUCCUUUGCCGUUGGUUCACCCUCCAAUGGCCGCCGCAGCCGGCGCGCUGCGGCCGGCGCACCGCGCUGAUCCGAUGGCAGGAGCCAGGAGCCAGGUGCUUUUCCUGGUCUCCCAUGGGGUGCAGGGCCCAAGCACCUGGGCCAUCCUCCACUGCACUCCCUGGCCACAGCAGAGGGCUGGCCUGGAAGAGUGGCAACCGGGACAGAAUCCGGCGCCCCAACCGGGACUAGAACCCGGUGUGCCGGCGCCGCAAGGCGGAGGAUUAGCCUAGUGAGCCACGGCGCCGGCCUGUUCGGUGUAUUUUCUUUAUCAGUUGAGGAGAACAUGAAAUUUUAUUCUUUAUAAAGUGAUAUAGAUAACAUUGAUUGUUUUUAAAUAUUGAUUGUUAGUUUUUACAUAAAUAUUCACCAGGAGACAUUGGGUUUUACUAUUUUUUGUAUCAUGUUUAUCUAGUUUGGAUUCCGUCUUUUAUUUUCUGAAAGGAAUUGUGUAGAAUUGGCGUGGAGGCUUGAAUGUUAGAAUUCUCCAGUGAAGCGGCUGGCAUUGUGGCUCAGUGGUUAAGCCACUGCCUGUGAUGCCAGCAUCCUAUUUGAACCCUGAUUCGAGUCCCGACUUCUCUACGACUGAACCAGCUCCCUGCUAAUGCACCUAGGAAAGCAGCAGAUGAGCCAAGUCCUUGGGUCCCUGCACCCACGUGGGAGACCUGGGUGGAGCUCCAGGCUUCUGGUUUCGGCCCGGCCAGCCCUGGCUGCCUCAGCCAUUUGGGGAGUGAACCAGCAGAUGGAAGAGCUCUCCGUCUCUCCCUCUCAGUAAUUCUGCCUUUCAAAUAAAUAAAUAGAUGUUUAAAAUUUUUUUCUAGUGAAGAGAGUCUGGGCCUGGAGAUUUCUAUUUUUAGAAGACUUUUAAUUAUCAGCUCAAUUUCUUCCCUAGAAAGGGCUUUUUACAUUAUCUGUCUCCUGUAGAAUUACCGCAGAUUUGUGUUUUUCAAGGUUGCUGUCUAAAGGUUUUCUUUUUUACCAGGGUCUCUUUCCUGAGGCCAGCCUUCCUGAGGACUCCGGGUCUGUGUGUUGGCUUCCCAGGGUGUCCAGCCUCUCCUCCAUUCCUUCAGGAAUCACGAGGCAGGAAGAAGAGCCAGGGAGUUGACCACUGUGUUACUUCCUGGGUCUCGGAGUCGCUGGCCGGGCUGCCCUCUGGGCCUGGUUAGUUUGUGAUAAGGAACUGCAGGGUUUGUUGUGGGCUUGUGGUAGUAAUGGAGGAGGCUCAUGAGCCUCCUCCUGCUUUCCUUCCUGCGGGCAGAAACUUCCCCCCCUUCCUAGAGCUACUUAAAAAAACAUUGCAAGAAUUGACUUUUACUAGUUGGUAGUAUGUAAACCGUCACUGUUUCAACUGCGCACGACCGCUGUGCCAUGAAGAAUAUUAAACACAUUACAAGGAGUCAAUAUGUGAUAAGUAAGUAAUUGAGAAAACCUAAAGUUAAUUUACUAUCCGGUAAAAAUCAGACCCUAUAAAAUCUGAUCCACUGUUACAAAAGUCUUCCUUGGUACCACUGUAAUAUUAUUUACUAUAGGAACUAUCAGAGACAUUAUAGCAGUCAGUUUUGGGUUUAUAAAUUCAGAAAAGAAAACCAAGUUUUGAAAGAGUAAAGUGUCAUAAAAACACAACCUUUCAGUGAUACUGCACGGCAGUCCUUACUCCUAAGGUUUUGAUAUUUAAUGAACCAGUAAUAUCUGCCUUUUCCUUUCUCUUUUUCUAACCAGUUUUUUCAUCUAUUAAUUUUUUAGUCUCCAUAGAUUCACUUCGUCGAAUUACAAGCUAAUUGGAAGUUUGCUAGCUUCUAACACAAAAACUGUGAAUCAGAGCACUAUUGCAUUAAGAUCAGAACGCGAGCUGAGGUUAGUUCGCUUGCUCUUAGUUGUAUAGUUAGUUGAGUGUCACUCUCUAAUGGGAGGCCUGAGUGGGAGCAGCAGUGAAGAAUGGCCUCGCAGAGGUGCUAGAGGAAGGUUUCCUGCUGGGCUUGAUCUUAGAGCAUUAUUGCUUUUAUUUAAUUUUUAAAUUAAUUUAUUUGAAAGGCAGGGUGGCAGAGAUAAAUCUUCCGUCUGCUGGUUCACUCUCUAAAUACCCACAACAGUCAGGGCUGGGCAAGGCUGAAGCCAGGAGCCUAGAACUCCUUCCUGGCACUUGGGCCAUCUUCCACUGUUUCCCAGGCCCAUUAGCAGGGAGCUGGAUUGAAGUAGAGCAGCCGGGACUUGAAACAGUGUUCCGUCCCCCAGUCUGGAUGAGUAGAGGUUAGAGGCCACUGGUUGGUCUGGAGGCCUCCCUGCUUCCAGGGCCCCCUGAAGGUCAUUGCAAAGGAACCUAUCCCGAGUGGAGCAUUGUUUUUAAAACUAAGUGGCAACGACUUGUUAACAUACAAUAUGCCCUCCCAGUCAUGUUUGUUUAAGAUUUCUGUGUGUGUGCAUACGUAAUGUGGGUUUUCCCUCAUCAUCAUCUGAAGGCCUCCCUCCCAGGUAUUCUGAGGGUUCUGCAGCGUUUCCUGAGCAUGAGCAGUUUUUGUUUUGUUGAAGCUCCCGGUGAUCCCGAAGUCCUGGCAAGGCCAUCAGUUGCUGCAGCUAGAAUUGAGCUUACCUCAUUUGAUGCCCGUUUUGUUCAAGUGUCUGGCAGAAGGAUUUUUUCAGCUGCCUCUUAGCUUCAUCCAUUUGUACUGAAGGGAAGAUACGGCCUCAGAGGGGACUUCUCGUGGAGAGGCAGGCAGGUCCAGGCUGGGCCAGCCUGCCUAGGGGACUUGGCAUGUGGAGAAGCUCCGUCCUCUGUUUGCAGCAGGAAGUGAGCCAGAGCACACAGCGGGCAGUGCCCAGUGACUACGCUGCCCUUUGUGCACAGCUGUGGCCCACAGCAGUAAAUGGUAAAGGCACAGGAGCGAGCAUUCUCUUUAAACAAAGGCCUGGUGCCAGAGUGGGGACUCUGGGUGUUCUGGAAACAGGAGCACUGCUUUGGCUGGGGUCAGCAGUGAUAACAGCCACUGCUAUCUUUAGCACACAACUCACGCCGGACAUUUAGAUUCUCCAACCCUUUCAGCUCUGCCGACAGCUGUUUUUUGUUGAAAAAUGCUUUAGUAGAAACAACACGUGGCCGGCACCGCGGCUCACUAGGCUAAUCCUCAACCUAACAGCGCCGGUACCCCAGGUUCUAGUCCCGGUCAGGGCGCCGGAUUCUGUCCCGGUUGCCCCUCUUCCAGGCCAGCCCUCUGCUGUGGCCAGGGAGUGCAGUGGAGGAUGGCCCAAGUCCUUGGGCCCUGCACCCCAUGGGAGACCAGGAGAAGCACCUGGCUCCUGGCUUCGGAUCAGCGCGGUACGCCAGCAGCAGCACACCAGCCUUGGUGGCCAUUGGAGGGUGAACCAACGGCAAAGGAAGACCUUUCUCUCUGUCUCUCUCUCUCACUAUCCACUUUGCCUGUCAAAAAAGAAAAAGAAAAAAAAAACACGUGAUCGAUUCUGUGCUUGCUGUAAGAAAUCCACUGUGGAAAGUGGAAAUCCGACAGCACUUGGUGGGCACUCGCGUGUGGCGCACGUCAGUGCCCUUGCCCUGCAGAGGAGGCUGCUGGGCCUUUUCCUGUGCAUCUCUUAGGGUUAAUUUUAAUUACCUCGUUUACAACAUAUAACUUGUGUCAAUAUGUGAAUUCAAUUAUACUAAAAUAUUCUGUGGCUUGUUUUUUAUUAUAAAAUUGGGUUAUCUUGAAAAUCAUUCCCUAUUAUUGUAUGAAGAAUUAGCUCUUUUUAAAAUAACCUAUAUUUUAGAAUAGUGGAGACUUAGAGGAAAGCUGCAAAGGGAGCAGUGUGUGACCUCAUGCGCCCGGCAGCCAGUCUCCCAUUGUCAGUGGUGUGUGCUGUCUUCAUUCUUCUCCAGUAGACUUGAUGGUUAUAGGUUUGCAGAAGGUACAGAGAGCUUCCGCGGCUGUCCGUCAUCCUGCUUCCAGCCUCCCCUUUCCUUAAGGUCUUGGUAAGCCAGUAUUGUGAUCCAUUGCUCCUCCCUAGAACUCACGGUUCAUAUUAGGGUACAUCCUGUGGGUCUGGGCACGUGGAGUUGCACAUAUAGUAGAGAGCAGUUUCCCUAUAAAGGUCUGGUGUUCCAUGCACUUACCCUCCCUCCGUUCACCCUAACCCCUGCAGUCACUGAUCCUUUUACUGUCUACACAGUUUUGCCUUUUUCUGAAUGGCUUCUUGAACUUAGCAAUGUGUGUUUAAGGUUCGUCCAUGUCAUUGUGUCUUUUUGUGACUUUUCACUCCUGCAUGAUGGUCAUUAUAGGAGGUACUGUACUCUAUCUGUGCACCUAGUGAAGGGCACGUUGUCAGUUGUGAAUAAAGCUGCUGUAAACA